AUGGCGAGCUCGGCGCCUCCUUUCCUCCUCCUCCACUUCGUCCUCGUCGCCGCCGCGGUGGCCUCGGAGGAGCGCCCGCGCGUCACCCCCACCUUCAUCCAGUGCCACCCGGCGCAGGCAACCGCCAACGCCAGCAGCGCCAAGAACGCCACGGCGUUCCAAGCCAACGUGAUGCCCCUCCUCGCCAAGCUCCCCUCCGCCGCCGCGCCCACGGGCUUCACGUCCCUGCGGUCCGCCGGAGUGGUCGGACGCGACUGCGCGUUCGUCCGCGGGCUCUGCUUCGACUACGCCACACCGUCCCAGUGCCGCGAGUGCCUGGCCGCCGCGGCCAGGGAGCUCGCCGAAGCCUGCGGCGCCCACGGCCGGCGCGCCGGCGUCUGGACGGACGGUUGUUUCGCGUCUUAUGCUGACGCGAACGACUCAUCGCCCUACUCGGACAGCUUCCGCGCGCGCAUCAUCUCCGGCGCCGACGCGCUCACCACCAGCACCUCCUCCGAGCUGCAGAGCCUCGCCGACCUGGCGUGGCGCAUGGGGCCGGCCGCGGCCACCAGCGCCGGGAUGCAGGUGGCCGUUGACUGGACCGCCGCGGCGAACAACUACAGGAAGAACAGCACGGUGCGCGUGCUGGCGCAGUGCGCGCGGGACCGCACGGCGGAGGAGUGCAGCUGGUGCGUCCAGUACUCGGCGCGGGUGGCGGAGACAUGCGCCUGGUCCUGGUGCCCCUGGCACUCGGCGCGGGCGGGGGACACCUGCUGCUGGGGCCUCGACGCGUGGCGCGACGGCGUGGCGGGCGCCGUCGUCGGCUUCGACCGCUACCUGCGCUUCGACGUCGCCGUCGCCACCCCCACCGCCACUUCUACUGCGCCGGCGCGGGUGCCCCUGCUGCAAAGGCUCGGUGAGCAGAGCACGCUGCACGCUCUCGUCUUCUUCUUCUUCUUGGCUAUGGUUUGA